AUGUCCAAUCAUAACCGGACAGAUAAUAGCAAAUCCAAUGCUAAUCCAUUUUCUGAUAAUGCUAAUAAUCUUAUUGAUUUAGAUAUGGAAUCAAAUCCUUAUGGAGAUUUCAACCCUAAUCAUGUAUACCCUCAAACACAACGAUCUACUACUACUACUACUACCCAUGAUCCAUUUGCUGAUCAAUUUGUUCUAACAGAUGAUUCCGAUGAUGAUGAUGAUGAUGAUGGGCAUGGAGCUCAUAAUACUUCCUAUGCUUCAUCUUCACAAAAUAGACAAGUACCUUUACUAAAUACAGCAAAUAUACCAAAAUCUCCCAACAAUAGAUUUUUCAAUACUAAUACCAAUAAUAAUGAAUACAUUAAUAUGACAGAUAAACAAGAUACUCCACGAGAUUUUGAUAUAACUCAUAUUUUCCAAAGAUUUAAAAAUAAAAUAACUGGUAAACCUAAUAAUUUAAAUGAUCGACAGCAAUCUUAUAAUCAACAACCAAGAGAAAUUAAUAUUAUGAAUCAUCCUGCUAAUUCAGGAUUUGGUUAUUAUGGUAAUCAUAUAUCAACUACAAAAUAUAAUAUUGCCACUUUUUUACCAAAAUUUCUUUUCGAACAAUUUAGUAAAUAUGCAAAUUUAUUUUUCCUUGUUACAUCAAUUAUUCAACAAGUACCUCAUGUUUCUCCAACAAAUAGAUAUACUACUAUUGGGACAUUAAUUGUUGUAUUGGUUGUUGCUGCUAUUAAAGAAAUAUUUGAAGAUAUAAAACGUGCCAAUGCUGAUAAAGAAUUGAAUCGAACCAAAGUUUUAGUAUUGGAUCCUAUAACUGGGAAUUUUAUAAUGAAAAAAUGGAUUAAAGUUCAAGUGGGUGAUAUUGUUCAAGUUUUAAAUGAAGAACCAUUCCCAGCUGAUUUGAUAUUAUUGAGUUCUUCUGAACCAGAAGGAUUAUGUUAUAUUGAAACUGCUAAUUUGGAUGGAGAAACUAAUUUAAAAAUUAAACAAGCUAAAUCUGAAACAGCUCAAUUAGUUAAUCCUCGAGAUUUAGUGAAAAAUUUAAAUAAUUGUCAAAUUUUAUCAGAACAACCAAAUUCUUCUUUAUAUACUUAUGAAGGUAAUUUGAAAAAUUUCCGUCAUGGUCCCGAUAUUCCAUUAUCACCAGAACAAAUGUUAUUAAGAGGGGCAACAUUAAGAAAUACUCAAUGGAUAAAUGGAAUAGUUAUUUUCACUGGUCAUGAAACAAAAUUAAUGAGAAAUGCAACGGCAGCUCCAAUUAAACGUACUGAUGUAGAAAGAAUUAUUAAUUUACAAAUUCUUGCCUUAUUUGGAGUUUUAAUUGUUUUAGCAUUGAUUUCUUCUAUUGGUAAUGUAAUUAAAGUGAAAAUUGAUGGUGAUAAAUUGGGUUAUUUACAAUUAGAAGGUACUUCUAUGGCUAAACUUUUCUUUCAAGAUUUAUUAACAUAUUGGAUUUUAUUUUCUAAUUUGGUACCUAUUUCAUUGUUUGUCACAGUUGAAUUGAUCAAAUAUUAUCAAGCUUUUAUGAUUGGUAGUGAUCUUGAUAUGUAUUAUGAAGAAACUGAUACUCCAACCGGGGUAAGAACUUCUUCUUUAGUUGAAGAAUUGGGACAAAUUGAUUAUAUUUUCAGUGAUAAAACUGGUACAUUAACAAGAAAUGUAAUGGAAUUUAAAUCAUGUUCCAUUGGUGGUAGAUGUUAUAUUGAAGAAAUUCCUGAAGAUGGACAUGCUCAAAUGAUUGAUGGUAUCGAAAUUGGUUAUCAUACUUUUGAUCAAUUACAUUCUGAUUUAAGAAAUACAUCUACUCAACAAUCAGCCAUUAUAAAUGAAUUCUUAACAUUACUUAGUACUUGUCAUACUGUUAUUCCCGAAAUAACUGAAGAAAAAAUUAAAUAUCAAGCAGCAUCACCCGAUGAAGGAGCACUUGUACAAGGUGCAGCUGAUUUGGGUUAUAAAUUUAUUAUUCGUAGACCUAAAGGUGUCACUAUUGAAAACACUUUAACGGGGAAUUCAUCAGAAUAUGAAUUAUUAAAUAUUUGUGAAUUUAAUUCCACAAGGAAAAGAAUGUCGGCCAUUUUCCGUUGUCCUGAUGGAGUCAUUAGAUUAUUUUGUAAAGGUGCUGAUACGGUUAUUUUGGAAAGACUUUCACAAGAUGAACCUCAACCAUUUGUCGAUUCAACUUUAAGACAUUUAGAAGAUUUUGCAGCUGAAGGAUUACGUACAUUAUGUAUUGCUUCACGAAUAAUUUCCAAUGAAGAAUAUAAUUCUUGGUCACAAACUUAUUAUGAAGCAUCUACUUCAUUGGAUAAUCGUAGUGAUAAAUUAGAUUCAGCAGCUGAAUUGAUUGAAAAAGAUUUAUUUUUACUUGGUGCCACGGCAAUUGAAGACAAAUUACAAGAUGGUGUUCCUGAAACUAUUCAUACUUUACAACAAGCAGGUAUCAAAAUUUGGGUUUUAACUGGUGAUAGACAAGAAACAGCAAUCAAUAUUGGUAUGUCAUGUAAAUUGCUUAGUGAAGAUAUGAAUUUAUUGAUUAUUAAUGAACAAACAAAAAAUGAUACUAGAUUAAAUUUACAAGAAAAACUUACUGCUAUUCAGGAACAUCAAUUUGAUGCAGAAGAUGGAUCUUUAGAAUCAUCACUUGCUUUAAUUAUUGAUGGUCAUUCAUUAGGGUAUGCUUUGGAAUCAGAUUUAGAAGAUUUACUCAUUGAAUUAGGUUCACGUUGUCGAGCAGUUAUAUGUUGUCGUGUUUCACCAUUACAAAAAGCUCUUGUAGUGAAAAUGGUGAAACGGAAAAAGAAAACUUCAUUAUUAUUAGCUAUUGGUGAUGGUGCCAAUGAUGUUUCCAUGAUACAAGCAGCUCAUGUUGGUGUAGGUAUUAGUGGGAUGGAAGGUAUGCAAGCAGCAAGAAGUGCUGAUAUAUCUAUUGGACAAUUCAAAUUUUUGAAAAAAUUAUUAUUAGUUCAUGGUGCAUGGUCAUAUCAACGUCUUUCAAAUGCAAUUUUAUAUUCAUUUUAUAAAAAUAUUGCUCUUUAUAUGACACAAUUUUGGUUUGUUUUCGCUAAUGGAUUUUCUGGUCAAUCAAUUGCUGAAUCUUGGACAUUAACAUUUUAUAAUGUAUUAUUUACUUCAUUACCUCCAUUUGUAUUAGGAGUAUUUGAUCAAUUUGUUAGUGCAAGAUUAUUAGAUAGAUAUCCUCAAUUAUAUCAAUUAGGUCAAAAACGGAAAUUCUUCAAUGUGGCGAUUUUUUGGACUUGGAUUUUAAAUGGAUUUUAUCAUUCUGCAGUGAUUUUUUUAUGUUCAUUUUUCAUUUAUAGAUAUAUGAAUGUUGCUUCAAAUGGUCAAACCACUGAUAAUUGGUCAUGGGGUGUCGCCGUUUAUACCACAUGUACAUUAACAGCAUUGGGUAAAGCCGCAUUAGUGGUUACUAUGUGGACAAAGUUUACCGUGAUUGCUAUUCCAGGGUCAUUUUUAUUAUGGUUAGGUUGGUAUCCUGCUUAUGCAACAAUUGCUCCCAUGAUUAAUGUAUCUGAUGAAUAUAGAGGGGUUUUAAGAAUGACAUAUCCACUUAUAACAUUUUGGGGGAUGGUUUUCGGAGUUGCUAUAUUAUGUUUAUUACGUGAUUUUGCUUGGAAAUAUUUUAAAAGAAGAUAUAAUCCUGAAAGUUAUCAUUAUGUUCAAGAAAUUCAAAAAUAUAAUAUUCAAGAUUAUCGACCAAGAAUGGAACAAUUUCAAAAAGCAAUUAGAAAAGUUAGACAAGUUCAAAGAAUUAAAAAACAAAGAGGUUUUGCCUUUUCUCAAGUUGAAGGACAAGAUCAAGAUAAAAUUGUUAGAUUAUAUGAUACAACUAAAAAAAGAGGUGUUUUCGGUGAAUUAUCAGAAAGUAAGUAA